ACGCCCAAUCAAACAACACCCCGAGCACUGACUCCAAUAUGGACACAUUUUGUCACGCAGGACCUAAUUACAUGGGUCACCGAGACAACCUUACCACAACAGGCUACGUGGAAUCAGCCUUGACUGAUUGUAUCAUUGGAAUUCACGAAACAUCCACUCAGUAUAAGGAUCUAGCAGGCUUUGGAGAAUCGAGUCGCCGACAGUUAAAUGCCAAUUUUCAAAGCGUUGCCACUAACUCUACAGAUUGUUCUCCAGCGUCCAUUAUGCCUCCCUGUACCGUUGCUCUCUCCAUUCCCAUCCAACCCGUCUUCUCAGUUCCUGCCUCAGGAAUAGCAUUGGGGCUCCAGGCGCCAGCUUCUCAAGUGGCAGCAAACUUGGCCGUAAGCCCAGCCGUCUCGACUAGCACCUGUCAAAGCUGCCUCCUCUCAUAUGGAUUAUCUCGAACUUGCCCACCCCUCGAGACUGGUCGCAUCAUCUACCCAGAUCCGCUAGUCCGCUAUGAUCCAUAUCUUCUCGACGAUCCCGAAAUGAUGGUAGCAGCAAAAAAGCGCGUGCUAAACCUCCCGUUCUACCUGUCUUCUGUAAUCAUCUAUAUGAGACCAAACGAACACAGACGAAAUGUCAACCGCGAGUUCUUUGAACGCUUUCCCAACAUUCAAUUGACGCUUACCAAGUUGCGCAGUCUCAAGAUGACUAUUGUUCAGAUUGUUCAU